GUCAGCAUCAGUCACGAGACGGUGUAUGUGCAGCUGAGAAAAUGGUUGAAAAGUGAGGGCUUCACAGGCUUCCACUUGGUGCCAGCAAGCUUUCCAGGCAGUGGCAGGGGACUGAUGACCACCAAAGCUCUCCAGACAGCCAUGAAACAAAGAAAAGCAUGGAACGUGUACAAAGAAAAACGUCAAACCCCCAACAUGCAAAAAGAAGAACAAGUCAUGCAAAUGGCAAAAACGAUCAAAGAACACAGAAAAUAGAUAAAUAAAUAAAUCUGUUCUGCCUUGUCUCUCUGUUCCAAAUCUGAUCCAAAUCAGGUUUAUCAUCAUUGAAAUACGUCGUGAAACCUGGUGCUUAGUGUUGGCAAUACAAUGUCAUAUAUAAAUAUACUAUAAGUUACAAUAAGAAAUAUAUAUAAAAUAUAUAAAAGUGCAAAAAGAGGGGAAAAUAAUGAAGUAGUGUUAGCGGGUUCUUGGACCAUUCAGACAUCUGAUUGUGGAGGUGGAGAAACUGCUCUUAAACCAGUGACUGUAUGUCUUCAGUCUCCUGUACCUCCCCCCAGCUGUACUGGACACUGAAAAGAAGGCUGAGAGGUGGGGGUCCUAAGUGAUGGAUGCUGAUUAUAACUAAGCUGUUUGUUUUUUGUAAUCCCCCUCGGAUCUGAUCCAGCAGCAAGAAGAAGUAUUAAGUAUAAGAAACGAAAACUACUUUUGCAGUUCUGGUGAAUGGCCCUUGACUAGAAGCAUUGUCUCCUUCUUCCCACACUGCCUUUGCUUAAUCUCCCAGAGUGUUUCCAGCAUGCCCUGUUCUUACUUUGGAUUUUUGGCACCUCGCUUCAGCCUGCAUUUGUUCUUGUUUUUCAUUCAGCACGGAGAACUUGUUAUUGCUUUACCUGAGAAGUGUCUGCUCACCACCAGAACGGUCCUAAGGAGCUACUUGGGUGAAUACAUUGAGAGGUGGAAACCACAUUUGUCUCCUCUCCAAGCCUUGUGUACGUUCCUCAUCGCCGAGAGACAUUUUGGGAACCGGUCUCCCUGGAAACCUUAUAUCGAUGUCUUGCCAAAGUUGUACACCUGUCCAGUGUAUUUUACAGAGGGCUCAAUAAGACUGCUUCCUAGCCCUUUGAUUAAAAAGUUCUGGGAGCAAAAGAAUGCGGUCCAGGAACUCCACCUUUCUUCCAAAUGCUUCUUCAAUUCUUUGCAGCCCUUGUUUUCUGAAAGUGUGGAGAACAUUUUUACAUAUGAUGCCUUUUGUUGGGCCUGGGGCACUGUGAAUACCAGGACAAUUUAUAUGAAGCAUGAACAGAGCGAGUUCUUUUCCAGAGAGCCCGAUGUCUAUGCUUUGGCACCAUAUUUAGACCUGCUGAACCACAGACCUACUGCUCAGGUAUCGGCUGCCUUUAACCAGCAAAGUGAAUGUUACGAGAUUAGAACGUUAAAAAAGUGCCGGAGGUACGAGCAGGUUUUUAUCUGCUACGGUCCACAUGACAAUCAGCGGCUUCUCUUGGAGUAUGGAUUUGUAGCUGGCAGUAACCCGCACAGCGUGGUGUACGUUGACAAAGAUUUUCUUUGUUGUCAACUUUCCCCAAAAGAUAAACUGCUGAAUGGAAAGCUGUUAUUCCUGCAGGACCAACGUCUCCUGGAAAACUUGACGUUCGGACGUGAUGGACCUUCUUGGCGGCUUCUGACGGCGCUUAAAAUUGCUUGCCUCACAGCAGAAGAAUAUUCACUGAGAAAAAACAUCUCGCUUGGGUUGUAUGUAUCUGAUGAGAACGAGAGGAGCAGUCUAGACCUUGCAGGGAGGCUCUGUCUCCAUCUUAUGAACGAAACCCAGAAGGUGAUACAACAGCUUUCCAAGCUAUCAGAUGAUGGAGCUGAGAUCUCAGAGCAGCUGGAGUUGGUGGCAGCCCUGCGGAGAGAGGAGUUUGGGAUACUCCAGGCGUCAAUGCAAGUGCUACAAGAUAUGAAGGUCGCUACUCCCAGGUGACAUUCGGAAUGCAGAGGCUGGCUGUGCUCCCUAUUGUUGGAUCGGACAGCAGGAUUGAACAGCUGUUUGGACUUGGAAAAACAUGUGCAAAACAGUUCAUUGUGAAUCGGUUUAUAAUUGCUUUCAGAGGUUUCUGUAGUAAGUGCUAAUAUCGAUAGAGACUGGAAAAGGUGAUUUCCCAAACUUGGUCCAUCACAGCUCAGAGUGAAUGCCCUGCUGUUCCAGGGAAGUUGCUAUUAGCAGAGUGGAACCUCAGCACAAGGAAUGAUGGAAAAUCUAAGAGAGUGGUUCAUGCACAGUGGUCUGGUGCAGUUGCUAUCAGAUACACAAGCUGCUGAUGUGGUUUGUGAUUACACUGGAACAAAUGCAAGUGGAUGACUGCUUUGUACUUGCAGUUAAAUCCAGCACAGAUUAGUAAAAACGGAAUAACAUGAAUCUGAUUUAUUAUCACUGAAUUAUGUCAUACAAUUUGUUGUUCUGUGACAGCACAAUGGUGCAAGACAAAAAAUACUAAGUUACAAUAAAAAAUAGUGCAGAAGAAGAAUAGUGAGAUUGCGUUGAUGAAUCCAUGAAAACCGAUGGCAGAGAGGAUGAAGCUUUCCCUAAAAUGUUGAGUGUGCAUCUUCAGGCUCCUGUACCUCUUCCCUGAAGGUAGUAAUGAGAAGGGGACAUGCCCGGGAUGGUGAGAGUUGUUAAAGAAGGAUGCUGCUUCCUCGAGGCAUCUCCUUUUGUAGAUGUCCUCGAUGGUAGGGUGGCUUGUGACUGUGAUGGAGCUGGCUGGCUUCCAUCUACUUGAUUGAUUAUGGCUUCUAAAGAAAUACAGCACACUGUGAAAAUAAUUAUUUUGUUGAAAGAUGAGCUUCAACUGCUGGUUCCUAACACCUUUCUUGGGGGAAAAAAACACUUUGUACACAUAGGAGUGAACCAUUUACUGGUAAUGCCACUAUGAUGUAAACAAUUAAUUUGCAUGCUCCAUGAGCAGGUUUAUGCAUGCCUGAAAUAAUGAGCUGUUUCAUUCUGCUGUCUUAUUUACAGGAUCAUGGCAAGUGUGGGAAACUUGUGCAUUGAGAUUAAUUGUAUCAAAAUCAAGCUCCAGUUUAAAAGCAUAUUUUGUAUUCUGUAACAUCCAUUUCUAGAUACAAUUCAGAAGAUGCAGGAAUUAUUCAUGUCAGUGAUGCCACACAUAGGGCAGAAGUCCCUUUUGUACUGCCUGCAGAGAUGGUGAAGGCAGGCUCAGUAACAUUAACCAACGCAGGUUUCGCUUACCCACACAACAAGCUAGUUAAAAAAGUAAUGCUAAUAGUGUAGAAGUAGCCCUUUGACCUACUGUGUCUGUGCCAG